AUGCCGCCGAGAUGUGUGAGCCGAGCAUGUAUCAACUGCCAGAAACGAAAGAGUCGGUGCGUGCGUAGUGUCGGCCGUAACGGCGGGAGACCGGACAACGGAGCUCCGUGCUCCUACUGCCUGCAGACAGGCAAAUCCUGCAGCUUCGAGAGUCCGCCAGACCGGACGCCCCUGACCAGGAACAAUCUGGAUGCCGCCGAACUUCGGUGCGCGCAGCUCCAAUCGCUCAUCAAAUCGCUCAACCCGGAUCUAGACAUUGACUCCGCCCUUGGUCAGCAAGCCCAGACUCCUAGCUCCAGCCAAGCGACCGAAGCCGCUUGGGACGCGUCGACUCUCCACGAGUACGAGUGGCACGAAGACUCGCUAUCCCCCGAGGCGGAGCAUCAUAGGCUAAUCGGCUCUGAUGGUAUGGCUACCAUUUCCAACAUCGACUCGGGAUAUCUUGGAAGCAGCUCAGGCUCAUAUAUUCUCGGCGAAAUCGAUCCUGAUAUAACUCUUAGACCUCAAGUAGGCCGUCGCAGAGUUCAACCGAGAACAGACCCCUCCCUACGUGCUCCACGGCUCGAUGGGCCCGAGCCAAUAGAUCUUCCCUUGUCCUACAUUUCUAGUCAACUGAUUGACGCGUUCUUCCUUCGUUACAAUACAUCCUACCCCAUCCUGCAUGAAAAGUCUUUCAGAGACCGGGUCGCAGCCAGACCUGUGAGACUUCUGCCCCAUUCACCAUGGCGCGUCAUCUACUACAUGGUCCUAGCUAUUGGCCAUUGGGCCACCAGUGAUGAGACGGAGCACUUGCGGGCCAGGUAUUAUACCGCUGCGAGGGCCAGUUUUUCGUUUCAGAUGCUCGAGUCCGGCACAAUGGAGACGGUACAGGCCUUCUUGCUGGUGGGCAACUAUCUCCAGAAGCGAGAUCGGGCAAAUACAGGUUACAAUUUUAUUGGGCUUGCUUACAGAAUGGCGGUCGGUCUUGGGAUGCACCACGAGCAGCCGACUUCAGAUUCAAACACGAUUGGUCACGAAAGGCGGCGGCAGAUUUUCUGGACGGCCUACUGUUUUGAAAGCGGGUUCAACAUCACUACAGGGCGACCUCCGGCCGUAUCGGAGACAUUCUUCGAUACAAGGCUCCCAUUGAAUAUUGACGAUCAUGACCUUUCGUUACAAUCACCCGUCCCUCAGGAGCUCAACUACCCAACAACGUGCUCUGCAAUCAUUGCUCAGGCUCGCCUAGCCAAGAUUGGGGACGCUGUCUACCGCGAGUUCCUCUUAGCCAGGACAAAUGGCUCGAAGAUUGAGUACCGCCUCGCCGAAUCUCUAGGCAGAGAGUUGACGAUUUGGAAGCAAAGCUUGCCACAAUUCUUCAAAGAGCCUCCAUCCUCGGCACCCUGGUUCCAAGGUCCACGGGCAGUCGUUAUCUGGAAGGAGCAGAAUCUGCGCAUCCUUCUCUGGCGCGGGAGCCAGGAUCCUCCCGCUUUCCUACCUACCAGAGUUACCGCCACUGAGAGGUGCCUGGAUGCUACGCUGGAAAUCAUCCAUGACAUCGCAGCAUUUUGCAUGCUUAGCGAUGUCACCAUGUACCAGAGCCUUGCUUGGUACGCGACUUAUUUCAUCUUCCAGGCCGCACUAGUCCUUGAGGCCUGUUCUCUUCAAAGCAGCGUUCACGAUCCAGGGCAGAUGAUGGUACAAACACAAGUCUGGCAACACUCCACCAUGGAGGUCCGUGUUUGUUUACGUAAGUUAUCCGAGACGAGCAAAUCGGCAGAGCGGUGCCUAGAACUUCUAGAUCAAGUGCAGAAUAGGUUCAGGCCGUAUAUAAGAGGUGGUUUUGAGGCUGGUGAGAAUAAUGAGAGCGUUUCCACCAAUCAACCAGAGCUCGUGCCGGAGGUUCCUGUUGACUUACAAGCCGCAAACGAUCUCACAACUUACAACCUAGAUCAGCAACAAGAACUUGGCAACGAGCUCUCAGAUCCAAGUCUACGAGGCUUUCUUGACGAAAUGUCGCUAGAUUAUAUGGACAACUUGCCUUUGGACUUUCUCUUUGGGGAAUGGCCAGCUUAA